AUGUGGGGAUCUAUACGUUUAAGGGUCCCACUGGUAUUCAACCAAGGAAGACUAUUUUCUUCGUCGUUGCCCUCCCGAAAUGCCCCAAAGACUUUUGGUUCCAUCCGUAAAGAGUUUGCAAACCAAACGCCUUCAAUGAGCUCAACGUCCAAGCAAGUUGAAGAAUUGAAACAACAGAGACGAGUGCCCAACGAACAGGUGGUCAAAUACGUCCUACACUGUUCGUUUACCAAGAAUAACACACAUUUGACCCUCACAGAAGUUGUAGAAGACAAGAAUUUUCUCAAGAACAACGAACAACUAUCAUCAAACGAGCAGGCAUUAUAUUACUUGCAACUCCCACAACGAGUCAAGGUGUCACUUUCCACAGGAUGUGUCGGAUUCCGUAAAGCUCAGCGAGGUGAAUACGAAGCUGGAUACCAAACUGCGGCAAAGAUGUUUGAAACAAUAGAGACUCGUGGUUACUUAAGGAAUAAACCAUUGGAGGUAGUUUUCAAAGACUUUGGUAAGGGUCGCCAGGGAUUUGUUAGUGCAUUGACCGGCAAAGAGGGCACCAACAUCCGUGGUAAGAUCUCAAGACUCACAGACAAGACGAACCUGAAAUUCGGUGGUGUUAGAAUGCCACGUCCUCGUCGUUUGUAG